ACCACUCUAGUUUCCCCUUCUACUUAGGCCAUAUUUCUCUCAAACAAUGAAGUCUUUCAUAUUUUCUGCUAUCGUCUGCGUUGUUGUGGCAGACAGUCGCUACGGAUCCAACGGGAAUGGAAACGGCUUCGGAGCGCCUCGUCCUCCCACCAACGGCUAUGCGCCCCCAAGUAACACCUAUGGCACGCCCAACGGUGGCUACGGAGUAGACCCUGAGAUCGCCGCUUUAGCCGAGAACAUUCCAGGGGGCGGCGUCCCCGGCGAGGACUACCCCAUCUUGGCUUCCGUGCCCGACACCGGCUUCUCCUGCGAUGCCCAGGCGGUGCAAGGUUAUUACGCCGACACUGCAGCUGAAGCCGGCUGCCAGGUGUUCCAUAUCUGCCAGGACCGCGCCCUCAGGCGCCAACAGGACUCCUUCCUGUGCCCCAACGGUACCAUCUUCAACCAGCAGUACCUGGUAUGUGACUGGUGGUUCAACGUGGACUGUUCUCAAGCUGAGAGCUUCUACUCCGUCAACGAGCUCAUCGGAGUCGUUCCCAAUGCUGGCUAUGCUUAUGCUGCCGCCACCAACGGCCUCUCCCUUAAUGGCAAUGGAAGGAAUGGCAACGGUAACGGAAGAAACGGCAACGGAAGAAACGGCAACGGAGGCAACAACGGCAACCAAUAUGGCGCGCCAGCAGCUCCUUCCAACUCCUACGGUUCCUCUUUCUAGACCAAUAUUCUUAUUAACGGAUCUUUCCUCUUCUGACCAUUCUGACACUGUAAAUAGGCAGGCCUUCCUAGUGUUACAUUCUGUCUUCUUAAAUUUCAGCCUUUACUCUCUGCUUAAGAAAUUACCUGCAUAGGUAUUGGAAUUGCAUAAAUAUGUACCUUAUAUAGAUUAGUUGGACUAAUUUAUGUCUACAUGUAUUUUGAUUAUUAAAAUGAAAUAUAUA